AUAAAAAAAACAACAGCGAAUAUUUAUUCACCUUGGUCUGUUGGAGAAGAGGUUAGAAAACGCAGGAUGAUGGCGUCGAACACAACAAAAGUCAUCAACGUUUGCCCAGUGUGCCUUGAUUCCAAACCACUAAAGAUAGUUGGCCGAUGCAAGCACUGUUUUUGUACUGAAUGCAUCUUGAUCACUCUUGGAAGCCAUGAAGGUGACGAGUUUCCCUGCCCGACGUGUAAGGUGGAGUGCCCUCGCCCGUGGGACGGUGUCAAGGGAAUGGUGGAUUUCACCGGGGAGGACGUGGCAGUUGUGGACACUGUGGUGAAAAUUGGGCGAAAAGGAGGAUCAGGGGAAAAAGAACUUCAACCAAUGGGUAGAGGGAAGGGUAGAGGGAAGGCUGGGGCAGAAACAGAACGUCCUCCGAACAAAAGAAGAGGACUAGGGAACGGAGAAAAGAGAGAUGGAAACAAAGCGGGUAUUACGAUGGAUGUAAAAUGUACGAUCUGUCACCACAAGAAGAAGGAGGUCCAAGCUGUGAACUUGUGCGUUGAAUGCGGCAACCUUCAUAUCUGUGAGGAGUGUACAAAGGUCCAUGCGAGGAAUAAAGCGACGCAGGGACAUGUCGUGGUGCGGUUUAGGUCUGAGACGAAGCAGCAGGAUGUCAUGUGUGAGAAACACGACUCCUCCUUGAACAGUUUUUGUCAUGACUGCGGAACAGCUGCGUGUAUGGUCUGUGUUAUGCUUGACCAUGGAGAGCACACCGUGGAAAAGCUUGUAGAUGUUGUUGACAAAAAGGUUGCUGAAAUGAAAGUCACUUUAGAAAAAAAGCAGGAAAAGCUUGAAGAAUUCAAGAACUUGAAGAAAGACUUAGCACUACUGAAACUAAUCGUGCCUGAGGUUGACAAGCAGGAUAUUUUGAUUAAAGAAAUUGAGGAUCAUGCCCAGAAGUGUAUCGAACAAAUCACAAAAUGGAAGGAGGGGUUGAAAGAACAGGUCAAGGUGGACUACAAAGUUGUCAAGGACAUUCCAGUUGGAUUUGAGAAGUUGUCAGAGAUGGUUGAGGAACUGCAGGCGCCCACUGAGAGAGCAGGGAGACUGCUUACAGAGACUGAGUAUGACCCGGAAUAUCUUUACAAACUGACUGCAUUGAAGCAGGAGAUGGAUGCUAUGGUUGAUGGAGAGGGUGACAUUGAAGAAAAGGGGUAUAGAAAACAGCUACGUGUGCUACAUCGAAAACACCACACCUUUUUUCCGAAGGAAAUACCUUUGAGUUUUGGGAGAUCAGACUGUGCUGAUGAAGAAGAAGAAGAAGAAGAAGAUGAAGAAUACUUAUAUGGAUAUGAUUCUACGGAAAUCUUCAAGAAGACCAUGCAAGUGUCUUCAGAGGAUAUGUUUAUUCCAUGUGUAGCAAACCUUGGUCAAAUGUUUGCAGUCGCUCAUCCAACAAGAUUAGGGGAACCAUCAUUGGCCAUAGACAUCUACAAACUCCCUGGCACCCUAAAACGCACCUUCAAGGAUCACGUCCCCCCGCUGUAUGACAUGUCGUCCACUCCCGAUGGUAAACUUGCUGUACUUUCCAACGGUACAGGAGGCACUGGAUGCAGCGUCAAACUGUUUGAUCCAGACGCUGGUUACAUCAGCUCCACCCGUGAUAUCGACAUAACAGAACCACUUUCCCUUGGUGUGACCCUACAACACCAGUACGUCAUCCUUGGAGGGAACAAAGAGGGGCAGAAAGUUAUCACUGUUGUUGACAAGAGUGGUGUUGUGGAACAUACACAUAAAAUGUACAAAGACUCCAAGGGUGAAUCUGAUGCAGCCUCCACUGUUGCAGUACAUAUCCCCAAAAGGAUAACAUGCGGGGGAAGAUUCGUCUUCGUCACCGGGGACGACUAUACGGCUGCUUAUGAGAUCACAGACACAGAAAUACAUGUACAUAAGACGGUUGUAGUCAAUCAGAAAGUCAAAUACAUAGAUAUCUCAGCAACAAUAUGGGACGAUUUCUUUUUGUUUUUUGUUAAUUUUGAUAAGGUUUGGAUGAGCAUGCACAAGUUGGAUACGGAUGAUGUGAGCAAGAGUGAGUGGUAUCCCAGAGGUUGGAGCAUAAUAUGUGAUCUUGAGCCUGGAGAUGAAAGACCAAUAAGGUUCUCUGCUGGAGAUACUCACUUCGUUAUGAGUCAUGGUCAAACAAUCAGGGUGUACAAGAUUCAACAACGUUUGUUAAAAAUUUGAAAUCUGUGAUUGAAUUUGAAAAUUCAAAUUGUAUAAAUGCGUACUGAACAUAAUUUUCAACAAUGCCAGCGUUGAGACACAUACAAACACUAAACAUACCAAGUUUCAGCAUAUUUGCCUGCACAAUAACUGCACUAUGGCAUUGUGUAUAACUGCAUUUCUAUUUUCCUGACGUAUGAUUAAAUGCAACGGUGUACCCCUUACAAACAACCUUGGGACUGACAAUGCUGUCCUUAAUAGAGAGGUGUCCUGAUAACAGAGGUCAAGUUGUACAGAAAUGGCCCAUUUCUUAUCUAUGGUUGACAAGCAGGACAUUUUGAGAGGAGAAAUUGAGGCUUUGCUGCCACUGGGCCUCUUGAGUGUUUUCAGAUGGGUAAGUUGUGGUGUGUCAUAGUCAAACAAUCAAGAUGAUAAAGGCCUACACAGUUAUAAAAUUUGAAGACAGUCCAACAUAACAUUAAAGUUCUCAUGAAGUUCUCAUGACAGAAACUUCUAACAAGGGUGAAUCGCUAUUUUUUUAAACACAAACAGGGUUUCUGCCAGAGGGGGGCAAGGGGGGCACUAGCCCUCAUCAGCAAAGUUGAGGGGUUUCAAAAUAUCGCUUUUUUAAGCUAAAUGAAAGAGAUAAGAUAAGGUGUGAAUCACUAUAAUGUCCUUAUCAGUUACUGAAACAUCCGGGAUGUGUCAGACAGUAUCAAACAGACUACUUGAGAGGGAAUUCAUCAGCUGUAUUUGCAUAACAUUUCAACGACAUAUAUUUAUCACUAUCUAUGUAUUCUUUUGCCGAUAUUCAAAAAUUCAUGUAGGAAAACCGGUGUUUUUGCACGUGAGUUUUUGGAUCUGAAAUGCUCGGAAAACGCAUUCUCCGGGCAUCUAGCCAAAAAUUUUUUUUUUUGUAUCUGGGGGAUUCCAGGUCAACCAAUCUUGAUUUCAUUGUAGGCCACGCGAUAUACACACGAUGACUUGUGAUAAGAUCACAAGCUGACAGAAUCCACGAGAGUGAAUAGUUCAACCCACUUCAAAGCUGUCAGCA